AUGUCCGUGGAUGAAAGUCGCAGCUCGACCCCAUUGGUUUCCACUAGCGAAUCAUCUUCACCAGCGGCUUCAUCCUCACUACCCGACAGUCAAGGAGCCUGCUUUAAUGGAUAUCAAAGCAGUGUUGGCGAGAAUGCUAGGGUGGAAAGUCCAUCUCAUGUGGUCAGUUUGCCGAACAACAUUUAUAUGCAUCGGAUACAGUCCGCUUCACCCGCAGACGAUCACCAAUUCAUUAGAAGACCGCUGAAUGCUUAUAUGAUAUUCACAAAACAAGAACGGAAGAAGUUGCUGGCUUUGAAUCCAAAUAUGAAGAUGCAUGAAGCAAGCAGAAUUAUGGGUGAAAAGUGGAAAAAUAUGAGUGAAAAGGAAAAACGACAAUAUUUUGAAGCAUCGAAGCAGAAUCGAUUGGAUCAUAAAAAACAACGUUACUAUGGAAGCAGUCAUGAAUCCUCACAAGCACCGCAAGGAUGGCUGUAA